AUGAAACCGAUAGAGUUACCAAUACAAUCAGAGAAAGAAGAAGUAAUAGACGCUAUCGAAGUUGGCGGUGAAGAAGAAAUUCCUCCACGCUCGUCACCAGAAGGAGUUUAUCCUGCUCCAGAGACAAAUGAGGGUAAUUUGGAUAACAUUCCUCAUUCGGAAGAACCACCUCAGAAUGUCGAUGAAAAUGAGGAUGGUGCGCCUGUUUUAGAACCACAAGAGCAUAUAAUAACUGAUGAACAGCAUAUUAUUGCUGAUCCAAACUCGAUUUUGAUCACACAAGAAGACUUGUACGAAGCUGGAUUUGAUGUGGACAGUCUAGAGCACCUUAGUGAUGAGCAGUUAAGGUUUCUAAUUGCUAUUAAUGGCGAAUUAGUUGAACAGGAUGGGAACCAGCCAGAGGAAGAAGUUGUCGAAAAUGAAGCAGAUAUGAAUAAUCUACAAUCCGACGAAAAUUUAGUCGCAAUAAUUAUCACUGAGGAUGGCGGCUUGAAAAUAACGGAUCAGACACAACAAGAAUUCUACUUUUCCCCCGAUCAGCUUGCUCAAUUAAAUAUCAAUGUGAAUAAUUUAAGUGAAGAUAAUGUUCAACAACUUGUCCAAAUUGCGAUGCCAUCAAUCUCAUUAAAAGACGAUAAAGUAGAAGGCUCUUCCCAUAAUCCCUGCCCUUCGACAAGUUAUCAUCAACCAGAAGAAAAAGAUGCUCGGAACAGCCUUAUAGGACAAACUGUGCAUGUUCGAAUGCCAAAUGGUGAGCUUCAAGAAGCUACUGUUCGAUAUGUGAGGGGUAACUCUGACUAUAAAAUACAAUUCCUUAAUGGCGAGUUUGCGUAUGCAACCAUGGACCAAUUGAUAAUACCGUCAAACAGGGAACACAAUUCAUUCCCAGGACAUUCAAGACAGCAUCAUGUAGGUCCAUCAAGUCGGGCAGUAAAGCGAACUGCGCCGAGCAGUUUGCAUGAUGGUGAUGAAACGUGCCCGCCGGUCUUGAAGCGAAGUUACAAUAUACCACAAGUGAUGCACGUGGGCAAUCAUGGGGUUCACCCGGAACCCAAUUUUUGUUGUCCGAUAUGCGAUAAGCGGGUUUAUCAAAAGGAGCCUUCGUAUAUAGUGAUUCGUUUACCUGCUUGCGACUCGUGCACCCGCGAAAAGAUAAUAGUGCUCGACGAGCAGCAGAACACUUAG